UUCCUCCAUUAACGAGGGAGGAAAGUCCCUCACGAAACCACCAGCGCCCAAAGAAGCCAUACACCAUCUCCCGUUCUCGCGCCAUUCCACCAGAGAGGAAAGGGAAGAGGCUCCGUUCAAAUCCCCUCUCUCUCGCUCGUCAUGGAAGACGGCAGGGCCGCCGCCGCCCCGCUGUCCGGCUCGGCCGGGAACGGCUCGGCGCCGGGGGCCGGGCCGGGGCCGCCGCCGCCGCCGCCGAAGCCGACGCCGGUUGUGCCGGAGGUGAUGACGAUGGCGGUCAACAUGAGCGUGGGGAGGACCCUGCUGUCCCCCGAAGCGGCGGCGCCUGCGGCGGGCAGCGGGGGAGGCGGCGGGGGCGGCGAGAUCAACUCGUUCGGGCAAGGGAAGAAGAGGGGGAGGCCGAGGAAGUACGACUCCGAGGGCAACUUGAUACUGUCGCCGUCGUCCCCUUCCUUCGGCUCUUCUCCUCCUCCGUCGAGGAGGAGAUAUCGGGUCCGAGGUCGCGGCCGUGGGAAUGGAAACUGGCAAUUUCUUGCAUCUUUAGGGGAGCUAUUUGCGAGCACGGCAGGAGGGGACUUCACGCCGCACGUGGUCACCGUCAAUACCGGGGAGGACGUGGCAGGGAAAGUAAUGACAUUUGCGCAAGGAGGGGCACGAGGAAUAUGCGUGCUGUCUGCCAAUGGAGCCGUUUCCAACGUCACCAUUCGGCAACCUGGUUCUUCCGGUGGCCUCUUAACGUACGAGGGGAGAUUUGAGAUACUGUCUUUAACGGGGUCGUUCACGUUCACCGAUAGUGGAGGAGUGAAGAGCCGGACCGGCGGCUUGAGCGUCUCAUUGGCUGGUCCAGAUGGUCGGGUCAUAGGCGGGGGAAUCGCCGGAUUGUUGGUGGCCGCAAGUCCCAUUCAGGUUGUUAUUGGAAGCUUCAUGCCACAUGGUUCCAAGCCUCAUAAGAGAAAGUACACUCGCAGACAAGGAACUGCACCAACUCCCGCAGCCACAGGUGGACCGGAUGCUGUCCAAGGGGCCGCCCCGAAUUCGCAACCAAAACCCAACCAUGCGGAGAUUUCCUUCGCCCAAGCAGAACCAGAUCGUAAGAUGGACGAAUAUGGACCGAUCGAGAUCCCGAACGCUGACACGCCGGAGACCGAGGAGGAGUGGGAUGAUUCUGAGGCCGCGCUCACGCCUGAUCAGAGGCCUUAUCCUGACAUCAAUGUGUCAGUUCCUGGUGACUGAGUCUCUCUAACUCUCGGAGUUCUUGGGCUUUUCGUAUCGGAUCAAAUCUGUUUGAGGUCUUUACAGGCUGCUGACAAAAUGACCGGACAAACUAGAGAACUAACGUUGUUUAUGGCUUCCUUUUCUGUGUUUAUGAACGACCUUCUAGGAAAUGCUUCUCUUUGUCGAUCAGUAAACGUUGUGGAAUUUGCUCUUUUUACAUUGUUCCUUUUUGUCUGA